UUUUGGAGAGGGAGAACCUUUCAUAAGUUUUCCGCGCAAGCUCCUCCCAGAUUCCUGCUGAUGCGCCUCAUGACAUUACAUAUUGACGCUUCACAUAUGGAGAGAGCUGAGGAACCUUUAACAGUUAAUACAGCCUCUCUGGAGAACUCGACGAUGGAAACCCUCAACAGACAGAAGGAAACCGUAUUCAGCCUGGUGCAGGUGAAGGGGACGUGGAAACGCAAAGCAGGGCAAAAUGUGAAGCAAGGAAUAAAAGGACGAGUGUCAGCUGCCAAAAUUUACGAAAGCACCUCCUCUAGUGGCACCACCUGGACAGUGGUCACCCCCAUCACCUUCACAUAUACAGUUACUCAGACCAAAAACCUUCUUGACCCCAGCAAUGACACUCUGCUUUUGGGCCACAUCAGAGACACUGAGCAGCUUGAGGCUGUACGGUCCAGCACCAAGCCCUUAAAACGCUUCAUAGUCAUGGAUGAGGUAGUAUACAAUCUCUAUGGUUCUCAGAUCACUGACUACCUCGAGGCCAGACACGUCCUGUACCAGAUCAUGCCCCUGCCCACGACAGAGGAGAACAAGUCCAUGGAAAUGGCCCUGAAGAUCCUGGAAGAAGUCCACCAAUUUGGCAUCGAUCGGCGCAACGAGCCCAUCAUCGCCAUCGGAGGUGGGGUCUGCCUGGAUAUUGUGGGUCUCGCUGCGUCCCUCUACAGAAGGCGCACUCCAUACAUUCGUGUUCCCACUACCCUUUUGUCAUACAUCGAUGCAAGCGUCGGAGCAAAGACGGGUGUUAAUUUCGCAAAUUGCAAGAAUAAGCUAGGCACCUACAUCGCACCUGUUGCUGCCUUUUUGGACAGGUCGUUUAUACAGACAAUUCCUCGCAGACACAUAUCUAAUGGUCUUGCAGAAAUGUUGAAGGUAUUGCAAUAUUUAUUGUUAAAGGUUUUGUUAUUACACCACUCUGCAUCAUAUUUGCCGUAUGAAAUCCAAUACUUGUUUCUUGCUAAUUUUGGGGUGCUGAUUCCAAAAAUGCUGCCUGUUUUUCUCUAGCACAUCACAAUUUCUCACAAAAUAGG